AUGUCUAGCUUUAGAUUUUUACUACGCCCUUUAGUAAAUACAGCAAAGAGUCAGGCUUUUGCUCGUACCGCUUACAAAAAUGGAUUCAUUCGUCCUGCUAUGAAAAAGACAUUCUUGCAGCCAGCCACUUUUGAUACAGCCAACAGCAAAAGAGCCUUUUCAGUUGCUGCACCUCGUUCAAGUAGCGGUGAUGUUGACCCUGACCUUGUUCAUCUGUUGGAUGAAGAAUUGCAGUUUGAAAAGACCGAGACUGAGACGCCUGCUUUUAUCAAAGAAUUCCUUGAUACCAAUUUGUUCCAGAUUGAGGACAGAGUAGGGCAUGACAAGGUGACAUUGACUCGUACAUUUGGCAAUGAAAAGAUCAAUGUCAUUUUCUCCAUUUCUGACAUCAACAACACGGUAGAGGAAUUUACAGAAGAGGAUUUACAAGAUGGCCAAAAAAUCAUCACAAAAGACACAACCGACAUUGCUGAUGAAAAGGAGGCUACAGCAGGAGAGGAAGAGGUGACAGCCAUCAAAGACCAAGACCUGGACGAUGUCUCAUUCCCUGUGCGUGCUACUGUUAUCAUUGAAAAGCAAGACAGAGGCAGCUUGGUAUUGAACACAGUAGCUCAAGAUGGCUAUUUGCACAUUGAUGCAGUAAGAUAUUUCAAGCAAGGACAAAUUCAGCCUCAAGACAUGGCAACUGUGGAUAUUGGAGAGCAAAGACAAGAUCUUUAUAUGGGUCCUGUAUUUGAUGAGCUGGAUGAGCAGAUUCAAACAACAUUCAGUCGUUAUUUGGAGGAGCGUGGUAUUGAUACAGCAUUAGCUACAUUUUUACCAGAUUACGUUGAUUACAAGGAGCAAAAGGAGUAUGUCAAUUGGUUGAAGGAUGUCAAUGAUUUCGUAUCUGCUUAA